CUUUAAUAAAUUUUUGACUAAAGAUAAGGAGAUAAUAUCGCUAUUUCUGACUAAAGAUAAGGAGAUGUUCAUUAACAUCUAUUAUUUGGUGGUACGAUUAUAAGAAUGGCUGUUACUUCUGCUGUGUCCUACAACAACAAUGAUGGAAUGCAAGCUCUUUCUAUUGGUCAUUCUAUAUAUCCUACAAGUUCUGUCAGUUCUAGUACUGCACAAUCUGUUGUUUCUUUUAUUGCAGGCCAUUUCGGAAAAAAACAUGAUGAUUUGAAAGUAAUGCUUGAUAGUUCUAACAACUCCCAAAAAUUGGAAGCAAUGAAAAGAAUUAUUGGGAUGAUGGCUACUGGAAAAGAUGUAUCUGAAUUGUUUGCUGCAGUUGUUAAAAAUGUUGUCUGCAAAAAUAUUGAGAUUAAAAAGUUAGUGUAUGUCUAUUUGGUGCGCUAUGCAGAAGAGCAACAAGAUCUUGCAUUACUUUCAGUUGCUACUUUUCAGAGGGGAUUAAAGGAUUCUAAUCAGCUUAUUAGAGCAAGUGCAUUACGAGUGUUAUCGAGCAUUCGUGUACCCAUGAUAGUACCUAUUAUGAUGUUGUCAUUGAAGGAAGCUGUAACUGAUUUGUCAGCUUAUGUCCGAAAAACAGCUGCAAAUGCAAUUCCAAAGUUGUAUAGUAUGGAUCCAGAGCAAAAAGAUGUUUUGGUUGAAAUUAUUGAAAAGCUUCUUCAGGAUAAAACUACGCUUGUUGCUGGAAGUACAGUUAUUGCAUUUGAACUAGUUUGUCCUGAAAAAAUUGAUCUAAUUCACAAAAACUUUCGCAAGCUAUGCAACAUGUUAAUUGACAUCGAUGAAUGGGGUCAGGUUGCAGUGAUAAAUAUGUUAGUUAGAUAUGCUCGAUCACAGUUCUUGGAUCCAAACAAAAACAUGGAGUCAGGUACAGAUCAAAAAUUUUAUCCAUCAGAAUCAGAAAAGAGUGACUCAGAAGAUGAAAACAAUACUUCAAAAAAUUUUUCUAUGGAUCCUGAUCAUCGAUUGUUAUUGAAAUCAUGUCAACCAUUAUUACUUAGUAGAAAUUCAGCAGUAAUUAUGGCAGUAGCAAAAUUAUACCACCAUAUUGCACCGUCGUCUGAGGUUGGGCUGGUUGUUAAAGCAUUGAUUAGGUUGCUUCGAAGCCACAGAGAAGUUCAAACUGUUGUUCUGAGCAAUAUUGUAACACUCUCUCUUCAAAGAAAGGGUUUAUUUGAUCAACAUUUAAAGUCUUUUUUUGUACACACUAGCGAUCCUACACAUAUAAAGAAGUUAAAGCUUGAAAUAUUAACCAAUUUAGCUAAUGAAUCAAGCAUUCCCACCAUUUUACGAGAAUUUCAGACAUAUAUUGCAAGUUCUGAUAAAGAGUUUGCUGCUGCAACUAUCCAAUCUAUUGGUAGAUGUGCGUCAAAUAUUCCUGAAAUAGCUGAUACAUGUCUUGCUGGACUUAUAAGAAUGCUUUCUAAUCGUGAUGAAAAUGUUGUGAGUGAGAGCAUAAUUGUUAUUAAAAAACUAUUGCAAAUGAGACAUAAAGAUCAUAGUGAAGUUAUACCUCACAUGGCAAAGCUUCUUGAUAAAGUUCAUAUGCCCAUGGCUCGAGCCAGCAUAUUGUGGCUGAUUGGUGAGUAUUCUGAUCGUAUACCUAAAAUUGCUCCUGAUGUUUUGCGAAAAAUGGCAAAGUCUUUUGCAUCAGAGGAAGAUGUUGUUAAACUCCAGAUAAUUAAUCUUGGUGCCAAGCUUUAUAUAACAAAUUCAAAACAGACUCGAACACUUUGUCAAUAUAUUUUUCAACUUGGCAAGUACGAUCAAAACUAUGACAUUCGUGACCGAACUCGAUUUCUGAGAUUCCUUUUGUUUCCAACUGAUAAAACUGAGGGAGCUAACAAUCUUAAGAAAAAAGCGAAAAAAAUAUUUUUAGUAGAAAAGCCAGCCCCCAUAUUGCAAUCUUUGUUUAAAGAUCGUGGGCAGUACCAACUAAGUUCACUUUCUCAUAUGAUUGAUUCAAUUGCAAAUGGUUAUCAAGAGUUACCAGAAUUUCCAGAUGUACAACCAGACCCUAGUGUGAGAAAUGUAGAGAUGGAAACAGUUUAUGGAAAUCAGUUUCUUUUAUCUAAAGAAAAAAUGGUUUCACCUUCUACAAAAGAAAAAGAUAAAGAUUUUUACACAUCUGAAGAAGAUGAAGAGGAUGAAGAAGAAGAUGAGAGUGGCGAAGACAGCAGUUCUGAAGAAGAUAAUAAAAAUCAUGAGAAAGAAACCUCAUCAGAGUCUAAUGAUGAAAAGGAGGAUUCAGGGGAAGAGAGUGAGUUUGAAGAGUUAUCUGAAAGUGAAGAAGAAAAAGUCAUACCUACUCCUAAAAAAUCUUUGCCAGAAAGUAGUGAAGAUGAAAGUUCUGAGGAAGAAAGUGAAGAAGAAACCUCUGAAGAGGAAAGCGAAGAAGAAUCUGAUGAUGAAGUUGUUCAAGCCCCAGUUAAACAUAAAGCGGAAACUACAAAGAAGGUUCAGGUCCAAAAUCCAAGUGAUAUGCUUCUCGACUUAAAUGACUUUUCUGUUUCUCCAAAAAAUGAUGUUAAUAUCAAUCUUGUUCCAUCGUUGGUUUCAGAUAUGGAGAGUCUUUCUGUAGAUCCUAAAAAUUGUAACAGUUUGUCCCUGCAAUCUUCACAGAAAAACUCAAAAUCUUUUGAAUUACUCAGUAAAAUUAAUGGAAAAGGAUUGAUCGCAUAUUAUAGAUUCCCUCGAACACCUUGUAUAUACUCAGGUACAAUGGUUGCAGUUGAGAUGGAAUUUACAAAUUCAAGCAAUGCUGAUGUUAAGAGACUAAGAAUUGAGAAUAAGAAGUUGUUGUCUGGUGCUCUGAUGCAGGAGUUCAAUGAAGUUGCAAGCAUCUCUCCAAAAGAAAGUAUAACAGUUACUGUUGGUAUUGACUUUAAAGAUACUGUUCAACCUGUAACAUUUGAUUUAUGCACAGAAUCUGGAAAGUUUACAGUUCAAAUAAAGGUUCCUGUUGGAGAAUUGAUGAGAGGAGUUUCACUUACUCAACAUGAAUUUACAACACAACAAAAGAAAUUGACCGGUAUGACUGAGAGUAAACUUGCGUGUCAUUUAACAGAAUCACUUCCAGUUUUAGUAUCUAAAAUUAUAGAAGCGGUUAGCAUGACACAAUCCCCAACUGUUAAUGAGAAUGUUCUAAGAUUUUCAGCCAACUUAAUUUCUUCAGGAUUACCUGUUCUUCUUUCUAUUAAAAAUGAUGGAAAUAAUAGUCAAAUAAUUGUGAACUUGGAAAAGAUUAGCAUAGGAUCGUUACUUGUAAAAGAAAUAAAGAACGCUCUUCAAUAAAGAACGCUCUUCAAUAAAGAACGCUCUUCAAUAAAUCUCUUUUUAACUUAUUUUUUUUGUGUCUAUAUAAAUAAAUUUAAAUUGAAUUUUUA